CAACGUUCAGAUAAUCAUUCAGCAAAAUAGUUUUUACUUUCUUGAAGAUUCUUCAAGCGAAGGCGAGAUUGCAAUGACGGUGUUUGUCGCGGUGCUGCUCUCUGUUCUCAUGGGGUUUACUGUGUCUGUUUCUGAUCGAUUCAAGCCCGUCGACUGCUCUGACGUAUAUAAAGCAGGAGAAACAAUUGUAUUCUUGAUUGGGAUUUACUCCAUCUAUCCAGCAGGAGACAUUCCUGUCUGGGUUUACUGUCAGAUGAUCUCAGACGGGAAAGAUGAAGAUAAAGGAGGAUGGACGGUGAUUCAGAGGAGAAUGGACGGCAGUGUGAAUUUCUAUCGGCCGUGGGAUCAGUACAAGAGAGGAUUUGGGAAUGUGGAGGGAGAAUACUGGCUGGGGCUGGAGAACAUGUACCAGCUGACACGUAAGAACAAGUACAUGCUGAGAGUGGAUCUGGAGGACUUUGAAGGAAGGAAAGGUUUCGCUCUGUACUCGUCCUUCUCUGUGGGUCCUGAAGAUGACGGCUAUAAACUACAAGUUUCAGGGUUCAAGGAUGGAGGAGCAGGCGACUCUUUAUCUGGCCAUAAUGGACGGAAGUUCACAACCUUAGACAAACACCAAGACUCCUAUGACAAAAACUGUGCCAAACUGUAUCUCGGGGCAUUUUGGUACUCAGCCUGUUACUAUGCAAAUCCCAACGGUGUGUACUUAUGGGGAGAAGAUUCCACCAUUAACGCCAUUGGAAAUGUUUGGUACUCAUGGAAGAGCAAUUAUGCCAUUGGCAUGAAAUUCAUCAGCAUGAAGAUCAGACGUGUGCUCUAGAAGCAUCAGUGUUUUCAGGAGCAAACAUCCCAUGUUGUUUUCACUAUAUUACAAAUGAGAAGCUUUAAGGUUUUAUUUUCCUCAGUCUAAGCUUUGCUCUGCUUCUGGUCUUUUGAUGAACUAUUAUGUAAAUUAACUUCCAGUAAACUCCUGCAUUUAAAGCAUUAUGUCUCUAUGUACAUUGUGUCAGAUGUGGUGUUGUCAUCAGAAAUCAAUCAUUUUAUUAACAAUAAGUGAAACAAAUGGUUAAACAAAGGAGAUACAGUUUUAAACAAGUUAAAUAAAUGAGGAAAUCAUUAAA